CACAAAAUCAACUGGCGCAAACACAAACAGCACUUGCAAAGAACAUCAUCUCAACAACACUUUUCACAACCGUCACCAUGUUCAACCAACCCGAAGAAACAUUCGAAGAUUUGAACUCUUCCAUUGCCAGCCUUGACCUCAACGAUCUUCCUAAGCCGGCGGAGGCAGAGAGGAAGCUCUCUGGAAUUCGACGAGGUGUCUUUGUCGCGUACGGCAUGAAAUCCCUGAAUUUUUUUGUGGAUGUCAAUGAAAGUCUCGCGGAAGUCCAGAGAACUGUGGAGGCAAGGACUGGAAUCCCCAUGGACAACCAAGUUCUCGAAUGGGAAAACACUGGUGUUUUGAUUGAUGGCAACAAGUCCUUGCGCGACUACGGGAUGAUGUCAGGAGGGUUCUGCGCGUUGUCCUCCAAGGAUGCCUAGACAGGUUCUUCCAGCCGGCUGAAGGUUUCGGUAUGCUGACCAAAAGCCAAUGUACACGAGUGUGCGAAGCUCUGCUCAGCUCGCACAAGAAAGCUACCUGUUCAAUCAUUGUCUGGACAAGCUGUCCACCACUAGUGAAUGCAAAGCAAGCAAUAGAUACAUAAAAAGAUACUAAUGGGAACGUGAUUCAU